GUUCCCGUUCUUUGCUUUUCCGGACUGAGUUCACGACCAGAAUCGGAAAAAUAGACGACACGCCCUGUGGUUGCAGUCCCUCCCUUCUCUCCUCCCGUAUGCUAAAUAAAAAUCGCUUUCUAAGUAAACUUUGGCAGGAGGUGGCUGUGUUCACGCUCGCGAUCCGGCCAGUCACCCGUAAUCCACACUGCAAAGAUGGGCAACGCGUGGUCAAAUUUGUGGCGCCAUUUGACAGAAGAUACAAUUUCGUCCGUCGGGGUUGUUUAUACAGUGUUCAUGUUUGCCCCAAUUCCCAUUGGCUUCAUCUUCAAGAAAAGGGGAUUGAAGUUCAAGAAAUAUGGGGCAGCUGCCGUGGGCCUUGGACUUACACUGGCUGCUUGUGGCAUCCACACCAUUCAUUCCUUUGUCACCAUCAUGGGGACAUGGAUUAUCAUCAAAAUCUCACCAAAGCAUUCCUGCUCUCUGACAUUAGGAUGGACGUUUUCAUACCUGCUCUUUUUCCACAAAUUUACUUCCUUCAAGUUUCCCCAGACAACACAUUUGACCAAAUCUGUGCAACUUUUGCUCACCCUCAAGAUGGUGAGCAUAGCCAAUGAAGUGCAAGAAUUCAUUAAGGUGAAGGAACAGGAAGUGACAUCAGGUAUCAAGUCUCCAGCGAUUGGCGUGAUUUCUGAAACACCUGGACUGCCAGAGAUAAUGUGCUACAGUUACUGCUAUGUGGGACUUAUGACAGGUUUGUUUUAUCGCUAUCGUACAUAUCACGAUUGGUUGAAUCAACCCAAUCCUUCUGAAGUUCCUACAUGGAAGCCACUGCUUUACAGAUUGGCUAUGAUACCUGUCUUUGCAACCUCAUUUUUGGCUGUCUCCUACAUCUGGCCCCCUGAAUAUGUGGAAAAUGCUGCCUUCUACGAAAAAGGGCUCUGUUUCCGUCUUUUCUACACGAUACCAGUUUCCCUUGUCUUCCGCCUGCGUAACUAUGUGACCUGGUAUGGCGCUGAGAGUGCCUGCAUCACUGCUGGCCUUGGAGCUUAUCCAACUUGUGCCAAGUCACAACCAGGCAAAGGACCGACUGAGGAAUACGAAUCUCUAAUCCGCAGAUUAGCUGACGGGGAAGCAUCCAAUGUUGCAUAUGAUUAUGAGACAAUCAGAAACAUUGAUCCAUAUGGUACAGAAUUUUGUAUCAAGGUGAAGGAGGGGAUUCGCUGUUGGAACAUGACUGUCCAAUGGUGGUUACACCAAUACACCUACAAAAAUGUGCCUUUCCUUCCCCGUGUCAUAAGGUAUGCCUGGACUAUGGGUAUCUCGGCCUACUGGCAUGGAUUCCGCCCUGGCUAUCACCUCAGUUUCCAUACCAUUCCAUUAUGCCUCAUAGCUGAGGAGGCCAUGGAGGACGGGUUAUUGAGGCAUCUUUCCCCCUCUGGCCGUGCCUGUGCUGACUGGGCACACUGGUUCCUGAAGAUGCGGGCUUAUGACUAUGUGUGUGUAGGUUUCCUCUUGCGUACCUUUGAGGGUACUAUUCGCUAUUGGAGCUCAGUGCAUUAUUGUGUUCAUGUGGGGGCUGUGAGUUUCUAUGUGGUUGGGAAAGCAAUGGGAGCCCUCCCCAAAGGGCAAAGAUGACCAGAAGUGGGAAUGAAAAGACAGUAUUCUUUUGUCUUAAAUAAUCAAUGGGGAAAGCUAUUCUAUUGCUUAGAUUAGCAAUAACUAAGAGGAGGUAUUUUGUAUAGGUUCAAAAUGGCCUCAAUAUUUACAUAUUGCUAUAUUUACAGCAUCAUGAAAGAGGAUGGGAUGUUCCAAAUUUCAGAUUGUAUCUUAAAGCAUUUCAGCUUAAGCUCAUGGUCCCUUUAAUAAUGGAAGGUCAAAAUAAAUGGAGGGUCAAAUAAGAAAAUACAGUAUUAAGAUGCAGGUAGUCCUCGACUUACAGCCAUUCAUUUAAUGACCAUUUGAAAUUCUGUCAACACUGAAAAAAAGUGAUUUUCAGCCUGUUCUUGCACUUACGCGGUGUUCCCACAGUCACAUGAUCAAAUUUGGGGGGAAGCGGGAUUCAUUCAAUGACUACAUGAUUCACUUCACAACCAUGGCAAAAAAGGUCAUAAAAUCAAGUGUGACUCACUUAAUGACAAUCUCGCUUAGCAAAUGACGUUCCAGUCUUAAUUCGAGCAAUAGCAAUAGCACUUAGACUUAUAUACCGCUUCACAGUGCUUUACAGCCCUCUCUAAGCGGUUUACAGAGUCAGUACAUUGUCCCCAACAAUCUGGCUCCUCAUUUUACUGACCUCGGGAAGAUAGAAAGCUGAGCCAACUUUGUAAUUGUAAGUCAAGGACUGCCUAUAAUGGUAAAGAUUUAUGUAAAACUUUUUUUUUAUAACAAAGGUGCUCCCAACUUGUCAUAGAUUUACUAUAUAGGCUUUAUAUAUUUUUUCAAUAUAGCUUUAAUACAUGAAAAUUAUAUAUGGCUCUUUGAAGGCCAGAUAUUUUCCUAGGUUCAUUGAAACAAUUUGGGGAUCCUAGUAAGACUUUUGACUCCUAGUUGAAGAACAUGGGCUGGAUGUUUCUAGGAGGUCCUUCAUCCUGUAUACCAAUUGCAGUUGUUUCUGGGUUGCGGGGUUUGGGAUGCUACUCAUCAGGGGUGGGUUCUACUUAUCUUUACUACCGGUUUGCAAUGGGAUCGUGCUAGCGCGAGCAAAGCAAGCGCACACGACUUGCUUCUGCGCAUGCACAGAUCACCGAUGAUGACAUCCGGGGUAGUGGGCGGAGCCUCCCGCUGGUUUUAUUACCGGUUCUUGCGAACUGGUUCGAAUCGAGGGCAACCCACCAUUGCUACUCAUCGUUACUAAUGCCUCAGAUAAUUCUUGUUUGGAUUGUUGCAACAUACAUGGAACUGACCUUGAAAGUCACCCAGAAGCUAAAGCCUUUCCAGAAUUUAGUAGUAUGAGUAAAGUAUGUGUACAUUCAAAUAGGCCCAUGUCAUUCAUGACUGCAUAAGUGACAUUGGUUAUACAUGGCUUCUGGGUACAAUGUAAGGCGCCAGAUAUCUGUGGCAUCUGUCUGCAGUCUUCUCUGUUCUCUAUAAAAUACUGUUUUCUCCCCAAGAUCUGGUUGGCCUGAACUCUGCUGGUUUCUAAGAACGCUCUGGAAACCUGAUUCUUCCUCCAAGCAGUAGAAUGGAAUGGUACCAGUGGUGAAAUUCAGCUGGUUCUAUCUGGAUCGUGCGAUCCGGUAGCGGCGGCAAUGGGAGGCUCUGCCCACCUGCCCGGAUGUCAUCAUGUCCCAUUUUUUACCCUCUGCACACGUGGAGAAGGCUAUGUGCAUGCGUGUAGGAGGCGCGCAAGCUCACAUUUGCGAACCGGUAGCGAACAUAAGUCAAUAGCACUCCUGAAUGGUACCUGAACUUUUUAUAAUUACAUGAGGCCUAUGGUCAUCUUUUCAAACCUUUAAUAGCUGCCCAAAGUUGCUUGGCAAAUAGGUAGCCAUAUAAAUGAGUGAGUAUGUAGAAUAUACAGUAUUAAGAUACAGAUAGUCUUUGACUUACAGCCAUUCAUUUAAUGACCGUUUGAAAUUACAUCAGUGAAAAAGUGAGUGAAAGGGCCAUCUGAUAUAAAAUAUUUUUAUAAAAAUUGUUUCGUUUUAUAAAGUUGAAAUAGAAGAACAGGAGUAAGAGUUGACUUACAUUGUUACAUUGUAAGUGAUAACAAUGGCAAAAUCCAGUUAUUUUUUUUAUUUAUAUUGCACUUAUAAAUAGUGGCUCUGUUUAAGGUCCUUUUGGUGGUGGUGGUGGAGGGGGAAUGAGCUAUAGGUUCAUCUGCAGGCAAUCAUGAGGAAUAUUCUGUGGUAGAUAAAAUUGCUUGGAUUUGCUCAGAAUUGGUUUCUGAUUGGGCAAUUCCAUCAGCUGUUUAUUAGUUCCAUGUGUGUGUCCCACUCCCCACCCCCCAUGGGAAGUGAUCCUUGAUUGAGUUCAUGCAGUAAAAUAUCUCUUCUUGAGGGAGAGGAAUAGUUCCUCCUGCGUUGAAGGUUCUGGUGGUGCACCCUACCUCAGGAAGCCAUUACCAGACCCAACAGUCCUGGACUAUUUUCAUCUAAUCUCCCAAACAUUUUUUUCUGUUUUUGGUUUUAUUGCUGUUAAUUUUACAGUUUGGGUGAAUUUAUAAACUUUAUAUUAGGAACUGCAUUAAACUGGUUAUAAUGGAUGUGGGUUGAGGUUUCCAUGAAAAAUGAGGGAUUUUUAAUUCACUUUAACUGGACAAUUUAUAGAAUUUGAAUUUAUGCAUAAAACUUAAUGGUACAGAAGGAUAUUCUUCAAGACAAGAAAAUUAUACACCUUUAUUGCAAUCAUUCAUUGGAGAUAUUUUUUAAAAACAAACAAACAUGCAAAUUAGAUGUUUAAAAAAGCAAUAUCUCAAGAUAAAUGGAAUUGCAUAUGGGAAAACCCAUUCUUUCUCUUUUAUAGCUUUUCAGAAAAAAAAAUCUUUGGAAUGUUUCUUGAUUGUUACUACCCUCUCACUGUUAAAAUUUCACGCUAAUUAAGUGCACAGGGCUGUUUAUUUGGGGAUAUGACGUUUCUAGAGAAUGCAUUAAUUACUAAUAAAAAUAUAGAAAACA